AUUGAGUGAUCAGCUGACUUUUAAAAUCAUUAAAAAUUACAAAUGUCAAAAUACGGUUUAGUGACAGUAAAAGUAGUUUAAAAAUAUUUUGGGGGCGGAUUUUGCUUCAUUUUAAAUAUUAGUCAAAUUAUUUCGUAUGUGUAUUAUGUGAUUCUAAAUAUGGUGACGAAUUAAGCAUUUGCUUCUAAUCUCAGUGUAUGGUCAAGAAUUGGUGUCUUCUUCAGUCGCCUAGAUAAUAUCAAACAUGUCUCAGAGGAUGUUAAAUACUAUACAACAAUGGAUCCAUCCUAAGGACGAUGAUAGCAAUGUCAUCUCAGCAACUUCACAUAUAAUCACCAUAACACUAAUAAGCAUGUCACUCGUUGAUCUGACUUGGUUUUCAAUCAAUGGAAAUGCUUGUGUACCUUAUCUGACUCUGGGGGAGUUUUUCUGGUUUGGUUGGAAUGACGAUAUUGACUAUACCGAUUAUGAUUGUGUCAACUCAAAAAUUGUAAACAUGAUGAGAAUUACAAUUUUAUUGUGUUUUAUGACAAUAAUAUUUGCUCUCAUGGGUUUCUUCCUGGAAAUUAUUGGACCAAAACACUUGUUGUACAAAUCUCUCAGAAAAUAUGCCAUAAUGGCCACUUGUAGUGUAAUUUGGAUAAUGGUUAUCAUUGCACUUUCAUACUACAUAGUAGUACUUCUGGAAGACUCCUUAGCUAAGGUUUACCCCAAAGUCGUCUCAUCUGUAACAUAUGGAAUAGGAUUCUACCUUAUAGUUGCUUCAGGUGGUGUCACUUGCUGUGGUAUUGUCUAUACACUUCUUCCCAUUCGAACGUCCACUUACUUCAGAGAUGAUGACAGAUGUCUUUUAGAUGCAUUUGAUGACAAUUUGGACACUUUCCAUAGCCCCACACCUCCUCCUCCGUACUGCUUACCGCCUCCUCCGUAUACUCCUUGAUGGGGAUUUACAGUUGUGUUAUGUUAAGUACCAAAGUUUAGGUUAGGAAGGUACAGUAGAUUGUUGUAUAGAAUCUCAUAAAUCUCUUAAUUUAUACCUAAUAUUGUUGUACCUGAAGAAAAUACCAGUCAUUGUAUAUUUUUAUUAUUUUUAAUUCUUUCUAGAGGUCAAAUUCAAAUCAACAUCAAACUAUAACAGCACAAUAGCUGUGUUGACUCAGUGAAAUGCCCAGGAUUCACUCAAGAUAUUUCAAAGUUUUUUUGUUAUUCAAAUUAUUCAGUAUACAAUAAUUUGUUAUUGUUCUUUCAUUCUAUUGUACCACUUUAUGUUCAUAUAGAAUUCUAGAGUGUAUAUUUUGCUAAUACAGAGAAAUAUAAUAUAUGUAUAUUUAGCUUAUGAAGAAAUGUAAAGAAAUAAUCGUGAUAGAUGGUUAUAAUCUAGUCCUUAUUGAAUAAACAUAUGAGAAACGUUCAUAUUACCUAUUGCCAGAAA